UCGGCAUCUUAAACAAAAUUCUAAAUUCUUAGUCUAAAAGUUCAGCUUUUCAGAAUGGAUACGCUGCGCCAGAAGAUUUCAGAGCAGUUUAAUAAUUCCAUACCCACAAUUGACGAGGUUCUAGAGAGCCCUAAAUAUGUGGAGAAUCCAGAAGCACCAGAAACAUCAUCAAAUGAUAAAAAGGAAACAUCGAAUCAGGAAACUGGGAAGACAGACAAUACUUCAGCUAAUACUACAGAACCCAUAACAUCUGGGGAUAUUCCGGUCCCAGAUACUAAGUUGCAAAAUUUCAAAAGACAACCGCCUAUAAACUACGAAUUGGAGUUUGUUGACUUCAUGGAUCGCAAUGCUCCCAAGGGUUUAUCGAAAAAGUUAAUGGAUAUGUUACCCUACCUAAAGAUGAGCUUUUUGUCGUGGCCAGCUUUUUGGUUUUGGCGUGGCUACAAUUGGCAUAGUCAACGAAAAACGGAGAGGAUCGGUCUUUAUAUUCAAAGGACCUAUCAGCAGGCCAAACUCAUGCAGUUGGCUAUCUUAGCCACUGGCUUGUUAACAGUAUCAAUGGGACAUCCAGCAGGAUUGCCCAUCCAAUUGCAGAAAAUGCAGUACAACAAGUCUGAUGAAGAUGACAUUGACGACACUCCUUAAACCAGCAGCCUGAAGCAGAAAAUCCAGGGGCCUUUUAAGAAGGAGGACACAUCCGAAGAAAAGGUCAAUCCCCCUCAAAGAAAUAAUCUUGGCGAGCAGAUACGACUAAUGGUGCACUCAAA